AUGUCCAUCAGUUCACCUGAUAUUCGAGUAGGGGCCUAUGAAUCAGACCAGCGUAACCAGACGCCGCCAAGAGAAUUCAGCCGUUCCAAACGGCAGUCGUGGUAUGUUCAAGCGUCAGCUCCUUUCGCGUCUGAAGAUGAGUCUAACAUCCCCUCGAGUGUACGAUGUAUCCGACUUCAUCUGAAAUGCGAUACGCCAACCCCUACCUGCUCCCCUUGCGGAAAGGCUGCCAAGUCGUGUACUUAUAUAGCAACAACCCGAGUAACUUUUCGACAUCAUCAUAAUCCGUCUAUUGAAGGUUUCCAAGAGUCAUUGGAGGAUAAUCGAGCUGUUCCGUUCCCAGCCCACCAAGUCUGGCUAUCAACGCCACCCACCCGUGAGAUUAUCACUUGUCACGAUAGGGCCCUCUGGGUAGCAUAUGUCCAACUAACUAAAGCUCGUGUAGUUAUAUUCUCAGACGACAGCAUCGCUCUGGAACCCAAUGAAUCAUCACAAGAGACUACUGCUGUCGAAAAGCCCUCAACGCUCCCAAGCAUUGCCAAUCUCCUGAUUACCGCAUCCGCCGAGUCACCUCGGGCACGAGAUGUAGUGCAAAUACCAGAGCCACCCCAGCAAGAUGUUUCUGAGACGCUUUACCCUUGCGAUGUUGAAGAACCUUCAUCUAAUCCUCUAUGGCCUUUGAGAGACAAAAGAGAAGUCUUCCUGCUUCAGCAUUUCAUCAAUCAUCUCUCUCUUUGGUUUGACUAUUGCGAUAAAGAUCGACACUUCAGGAUGACCAUCGUACAAACGGCCUCGACACACUUUGUCCUUCUCAACGCCCUUUUAGCUAUCUCAUGCAAGCACUUAAGUCAGACACAGCCAGAGAAAUGGGUUGCUGGAGAAGCCGACGACUACCAAGCUAGAUGUUUGCAAUCAUACAUCCCUGCUCUAGCACACCCGGCGGCGGCACGAGGAUUUACGACUGGAGUUCUGUGCGCCAUCACUAUGAUACUACGACUCUACGAGGAAAUGACAGUUCCGUCUGUCGAUGAUCGGCCGUAUGGGCACAUCUUAGACACGAACAUUUUCACUUUGCCAGACUCUUCAGAAGACCCAAACUACAGUCUAUGUCGCGCAUGUCUGCUAGUUGCUAUCCGUCAGGAAAUCUUCAUCUCUUUUGUAGCACGUACUCCUCCGCCCCGACUUGCACACAGAUGCGGCAUCACUCAAACCCUUGAGCCCACAAGCGACUUCAAUUGGGCUUGGCGCAUCAUCACUUUUACUGAAGAAGUUUUGACUUUUGCAUACAGCCCAGACACGCGCUCUACUACGUCUUGGGAAGAUCUACGUACAUAUCUGCAUCAGUGGAUGGAGAAGAGACCGGCAUCUUUCAAUCCUCUGUGGCAAGCGGGCUCUGACCGCGAGGCCUUCCCUGAGAUAAUAUUCGCCAACGACUUCCAUAUUGCUGGUCAGCAACAUGCCAUUAUCUGCCAGAUAAUGUUACUAACUCACGACCCUCGUAUACCUGUCCUCGGCCUUGACAGGGCUAUGGCUUCGAAAGCUGUUGAAGUAGAGGUCCGGCGCUUGACGCGUCAAAUUUGUGGUAUUGCAUACUCGGCAGGCGAAUGGCAGCCGGCAACCAUAGCCGCGGGGAUGACGGUCGCCAUGUGUGGCCAUUUGUUCCACAAUCCUGAGGAACAGGAGAAGCUCCUUGAUAUUCUCGCAAAGUCUGAAGCGCACAUGGGCUGGUCACUGUUGAGGCAAGAAGAGAGGUUGAAGGCCUUUUGGGAACGUAACGCAGAGUAAUGCGCAAGCUACUUCUACCCUCGAGAAUA